AUGCCGUCGAACAACAAGAGACGAAAGAGGCGUUUCAGACAGCUCCGGCUCCAUGUUACGGAUGGCAAUGAACUGAUCCUUGAGAGGGUUUUCAAGAAAUCACCAAGGCCAGCUGUGCCCUAUGAAGCCGACCCUGAAUUGUUCAACCAGCUACCAUUCUACGAGCUCUCCGAGUUCGAAUUGGCCAUCGCUUUACGCCCACCUUUCCCGGUUCUUCGUCUCCCGGAGGAGCUAGUGUUGAAGAUCCUCACCAAUACCGUUGACAUUGGAUACCAAAGAGCACAAAGACCACCUUCCGGAAAGAUGUAUAGUGUACCUCUGUCUCUGUGCGCUGUCUGCAGAGCUUUUCGAAGGCUCGCGUAUCCGCUGCUAUUCUAUUAUAUGGGGAUUAAGCUUUCUGGUGAGGAUAUCUCAUCUGUUUCCGGUGGGAGUGGCCUGAAGGCGUCGACGCCACCACUGUGGGUUUCCCACACUUCCCAAAUGUCAAUCGUUUGA